AUGACAGAAAGCAUUCAGUACCAACCAGUUACAACACGCUCAACAAGAGCGUGUCUGCCGUGUAGGACAAGGAAAGUAAGAUGUGAUGCAUCGCAUCGUGGAGUUCCAUGUACCAACUGUUGCUUGGAUGGGAAAGAAUGCCUUGUUGCUGAACGGAAGUCAAGACGCCAAAUUCCCUGUCUAGACAGAACGGUUCUGCCUCUUGAAGACAACCAAGGAACAUACGCUGCGGUUGAAGCCACGCAGCCACUCGAGACAGCUCAACAACAGCCGAACAAUCCCAAUACAACACCGGACUCUGGAAGUUUUGAAGGCAUAAACAUGGAUUCAUCCAAUACAUACAUCUACAGUAACAUUCAUAGCGCCUCUCGCGAGUCUAUGACCAAAGAUACCGAAAUACCAAGACCUAUUACAGAAUCACAUAUGUGCUAUCAAGACUUUCGCGAAUAUGGGUUUAUUAAACUCGGAAAUAUGGAAACUCUUUCGUCGGAGGACUUGCAUUAUCUGCAAACGCAGCGCUGCUUUCAUCUCCCAAGUAAACUCCUGCUAGAUGAACUCAUCAGGCGUUACCUAUUCUAUGUCCAUCCCCUGCUCCCUAUUCUUGAUGAUCAGUCGUUCUGGUGUAGCUAUUUUCAACCCAGGCAAGAAGGGGGCGUCUGUAAGAGCCAAACUCCACUUCUACUCUUAUGGUGCGCUCUCUUUGCUUCCAGUGGUUUCCUUUCCCCGGCCUCUGCUGCAUCUCUAGGCUAUGGCAACGUGCGGAAUGCACGAACUGGAUUUUACAAGAAAGCCAAGAUAUUAUUCGAUAUUGGAUCAGAAUCCUCACCGGUAAUACUGGGGCAGAGUGCUCUUCUUCUUUCUUUCCAAACAUAUUCGCCCAGAAUUAAAGUCGCCAAAAUCGACAGCCCUAGUAUAAGAUCCAACACGAUCUGGCUCAGGACUGCAAUUCGACAUGCCCAGCAAGCGAAUGUGGAAACAAUAUGUUGUUCUCCGUUAGUUUCCACUAUUGCGUCUCCCCGAAGUGCUGCAAGGCUGUGCGCUGGCCAUCAGGAACUCCUUUUACGUAUAAGUAUUUCAGCUACUAUUUCAGCUACUGGAGAUGAGACCUUGUCUGCUUAUUCGGAUCUGUCUGGAGCAGCCCACGGAAUUCAGAGUGCCAUUCUAGACAUCUCGAAUUGCAUCAUCGAGUUUAUGCAGCUGGGUCUUGUGCCUUACCUCUACAUUGGCAUCGCUGCAUUUGCAGCACUGCCGUAUUUGAUGCAAGUACUAGACUUGAAAAUCACCCGUCGAUCCUGUCCCGAAGUCGAGUUGACGGAUCAAUACCAUCGUCUCUGCAUACUCACUAGAGCUGUGAAAGAAUACCAAGCUCGCUACAACGGCCUGGACCAUUUCGGCGGAACUAUACAGUUUAUCAGCACGAAUUUCCAACUCAUCACUCGAUAUUUACCAGAGAAUGUGAGAAUCACUAGUUGGCAGGAUGUUUUGAUGCAUGACCCUUGUUGCUACAUGAGACUUGCAUUGGCUCUUGAACACUGCUCGAGGACAGCAACGAUUCCUACUGUUGAACAAUUAGCUGAGGAUUUAGAAGGAUCUUUGACCAUACCUCCACCUCAAAAUCUUGAUUCGAAGCAGGGUGACAGUCCGGACGACUUCAUGUCGCUGUCGAGCUAG